AAUUUGCGAACAACGACAGAGAUUAAAAAAAAAAAAAAAGAAGAAGAAGAAAAAUCCGAACCAGAGAGAACAAAAUUUGAGUCAGAUUUGACAGUCGCAGUACCGAUCACAAUGUCCUGUGUCAGAGAAGGCAGGCUUUAACAUUUCCGUUUGGUUUUGGAAUCGAAUUCUUCCAUUCAGUUUGACUAAGCACAGACCUGCCGCUUUCAAUCUCACGGAUUGGAUCAAAAACCAUUAUAUAAUUUAUAUAUCACUCUUUUUCUUUCGAAUGCUGAUGCGUUUGCGAGGACGUUACCAGAGGGCAAACUAAGUUGAAGUAUUUUGAAGCGUGAUGUGGUCCGCGUUCUGAAGCUUUUCUGCUUCAACUUGUAUCUUCUUCUAAGCUCAUCUUUUUCAAGUUGAAUUUGAAAGUAUUGAAAUCCAUUAUUGCAAACAGUUUAUUGAUUAGGAAGCAUUUGGUAGAUUCUCCUCAAGUGGCAUUCAAAAUCUCAGAAUCCCUGAGAGUGAUGAUGGACAAUUUCCGUGGCAGAGGAGAUGAAUUCAAGAAGUCUCCAUCACAGCAUUCAUUGUCUUCAGGUGUAGCUGUAGCUAUCAAGGGUAACAAGAAAAGCAAGCAUAUGGUACAAUGGGCGCUGGAUAAAUUUGUUCCUGAGGGGAGAAUUAUGUUUAAGCUGAUACAUGUCCAUUCUGCAGCUGCUUUCAAGAAGGAAAUGAAGUGGCAGACAAGUGCAAUGCUUCUACCUUACAAGAAAAUGUGUGAACAGAGAAAGGUUCAUGUAGAUAUUGUAGUGAUUGAAUCUGAUGAUGUAGAAACCGCAAUAGCAGAGGAAGUUGCUAAGAGUGCGAUAACCAACCUGGUUAUUGGGGCUUCAUCUCAUGCCAUAUUUACAAGUAAACUGAAGGGUCUAUCUGCAAAAAUCUCAUCAUGCACUCCAAGAUUUUGUACAGUUUAUGCUGUUUCCAAAGGGAAACUGUUUUCUUCACGGCCAUCAGACAUAGAGAUUGAUGGAAACUUAAUAGAUGACAGUAGUGAAACCAGUUGUUCGACCAGUAGCUCAUUGAACUCUGCGUCCACCUCUCAGAUAGACUAUAGCUCAGUUGGAUCGUAUGCUUCUAUACCUUCCUCUUCCCUAGCAGCACAGAGAUAUCAAGCUCUUUCAAGCAUUAAUCAGACCCUUCAAAGCACAAAAUCUAGUUUAAUUGAAAAUGACCGCCCUAGAAGCCAUUCCCUAGAUCUUGGGAUAGAGCAAACUGCUAUAUAUUCUUCUACCAGAAACUCAGAUGUUGGCUAUGCUCUAAGCCGGGCUUCUAGUUACAAAAGCAAUUUAUCAGAUGGCGAAUCUUGGAAUUAUUAUCAAAAUCCCACCAUGGAUGCACCACUGGCAUCUGUGUCGCCUGAUAAGCAGGAAAAUCUUAACGUUGAGCUGGAAAAGUUGAGAAUUGAACUAAGGCAUGCCCAAGGAAUGCACAUGGUAGCUCAAAGUCAGAGCAGUUAUGCAUCAAAAAUGUUGAACAAUCUAAGUAAGAAGAGAAUCGAGGAAUCUACGAAACUGAAGGAAAUUAUUGCAAAGGAGCACAAGGCCAAAAAAUUAGUAAUAAAGGAGAGAGAGAAAUGUGAGACAGCAGAAAGAGAAGCUGCUUAUUUGAUAAGAAGUGCUGAAGAGGAAGCCUUUGAAAGAAGAGAAGCAGAGAAGAAAGCUGUCGAAGCUGCCAAAAGGAAUGAAAUGCUAGAGGAUGCUCUUAGCGGUUCCCUGCCUCAGUAUAAGAAGUUUACUUGGGAUGAAAUAGUGUCAGCUACCUCAUCAUUCUCUGAAGAGCUAAGAAUUGGAAAAGGAGCAUGUGGAACAGUUUACAAGUGCCAUUUGUAUCAUACACCUGUGGCGGUAAAAGUUCUCCACACUAAUGAGGACCACAUUAUCAAGCAACUCCAACGAGAGCUAGAAAUACUGAGCACAGUUCGUCAUCCAAAUUUACUUCUUCUUCUUGGGGCAUGUCCUGAUCAUGGUUGUCUUGUGUAUGAAUACAUGGAGAAUGGUAGCUUGGAGGACAGAUUACUCCAAAAUAACAGUAAUAUCUCAAUCCCUUGGUUCAAGAGGUACCAAAUUGCAUUGGAAGUGGCCUCAGUGCUUGCCUUUCUUCAUAGCUCAAAGCCCAAACCUAUCAUCCAUCGUGAUUUGAAACCGGCGAACAUCUUGCUAGAUCGAAAUCUUGUGAGCAAGAUUGGCGAUAUUGGCCUUUCUACGUUACUCUCUUCUGAUACUUUGUCUACAAUGUUCAAGGACACAGAUCCUGUUGGGACGCUCUCCUACAUAGAUCCUGAGUACCAAAGGACAGGGUUAAUAUCUCCCAAAUCUGAUGUAUAUGCUUUUGGAAUGGUGAUCCUGCAAUUAUUAACUGCAAAACCAGCUAGAGCGCUUACUCUUGUGGUAGAAACAGCAAUUGACAAGGGAAAUUUAGCUGAAAUAUUGGAUCCUAAGGCAGGGAAUUGGCCAAUUCAGGACACUCUGGAAUUAGCUCAAUUAGGCCUAAGCUGCGCAGAACUUCGGCGCAGAGACAGACCUGAUUUGAAAGAUCAUGUAAUUCCCAUAAUGGAGAGAUUAAAGGAAGUCGCUGAUAGGGCUCAACAUUCUGCCAUAACUAUUAUUGUUAACUCUAGACCUCCUAAUCACUUCAUCUGCCCAAUACUUCAGGAUGUGAUGGAUGAUCCUUGUGUUGCUGCUGAUGGUUAUACAUAUGAUUACAAAGCUAUUGUAACAUGGUUGGAAAGGAAUGACAAAUCACCAAUGACAAAUAUGCCUUUACCUCAUAAGAAUCUGAUUCCCAAUCACACACUUCUAUCAGCUAUUAUGGAGUGGAAAUCUGGAGAAAAAUGAUACAAAGUUGGUAAUUGUCAGUUUCGUUGUUGGGCUAUUGAUUUCUCCAUUUUAGCUUUGGUAUAAAAAAAAAAAGGGUGUUUUUUCUGGUUGGUAGUGUCUUAGAUGUAAAUUUUACUUUUAUUUUGUCUAUAAUCUGGUGAGGUAACUGUAAAUGUGUUUUGAUUCGGUUGUCGGACUUGGGCUCUGUUUAAUGCCUAUAAUUGAUGUUUGUAUUUGGCUCUUUGAAAAGGAGAAAUAUUGAAAUUUGAAAGUAGAGAUAAAUUAUAAGGUUAA